UAUAAGGAGCAACCCCUUAGAUGCUCACACCAUUGAAGACAUUUUUCAGCCAGAAUUCCACAUGACCCUCGAGAACAUGGCCAAGGAUCCUAUGCACCAGUUAUUUGGGGACAGUGAAGUUACCAAACUGUGUCGUGUAGUUAUGUGCCUAUCAGGAGUUCAUAAGUUUUUUCUGGACAUUUUUACUGACAUUUUUUCUGUGGGAAAAACUCUGUGCAGCACCUUAGACAGAGAGUACAUGUUCCAGAAAUUCCACCAGACCAGAGUGAGUGAUGAUUUCAUUAGGGGCUACAUGCUCUUAUUUGCUACUUUAACUUUUACUGGCCAAGCUACAUGUAUAUGUGACUUUUUGAACAUUCUAAUGAUGGAGCUCAUUGGGAACCUCAUCAGUGAACAAGUAAAGAGGGGACUGAAAAAUGCAGUGGCGGAACAAGAAAGGAUUUCAGACAGUGAUCAGUGCAUUUUAUUUUACAUUUGUGGUUUCAAUGUUCGUUCCCUGAGGAAACGUUACCUAAAAGUUAAAAGCGUGUGUCCCCAGAAGCAACAGUGCUAGGACAAACUUGUGAUCAAGUCACCGAACUCAACCUUUGUGAGCCAGUUUACCACAUGGACAGCAAAGAAUAAUCGUGGUGGCCUCCUAAACCCAUGUGACGAGUUCUUCCUUCUUAUUCGAGAAUUUGAGACCCUUAUCAGACAACAAGUAGACUUGAAGAACUUAUCUGCCAACUCACUGUUAUGUGACAAGUUAAAGGAGGGUGUACUUGAAUCGUUCAUGGUGAAACAUUAUUGUGAGAAACUCUUUGGUGAAAUGGAAGAACACAUCAAGGACAUGAUGCUGGAGGACAUUCUCAGCCUUUUUCAUACAAUUCGAGGAUAUUCAAUUACCCGGUUUCAACGUCAGUAGAUUGCUAAGAACACAGUG